AUGGACUUGACACACUCCGGUCGAUCCACGGUCGAUCUACCGGCUGCUGGCCUCUCCCAAGAGGCCAUCGCUCUGGCUGGACACUGCUUCAAUGCGGCGAGGAGUGGAGAGAUAAGUGUAUUUGAACAAGCUUUACCGCAGGGAUUACCGGCCAACUUGACAAACGACCAUGGCGACACUUUGCUCAUGCUUGCCGCAUAUCAUGGCCAUCUGCAGUUGGUCACACUGCUAGUCGGCCACGGAGCAGAUCCCAACAGGCUGAAUGACAGGGGCCAGUCGCCUCUGGCUGGUGUGGUUUUCAAGAAUGAAGCAGAAAUCGUCAAAGUCUUGUUGGAGGCUGGUGCAGAUCCCGAGGCCGGCGAGCCCAGUGCACUGGAGGCCACCAAGGUACAACAACCUCUUUCUUGGUCUGGAGAUCUGCGGACUGACAAUGAACAGGUGUUCAAACAACAGGAAUAUGAGAGCAUGUUCACUGAACAGAUAGCGAAACUCAAGGCUGGUCAGUUGAGGCCAUAG